UCCGACAACAGAAAAGACUUCCGUUUAUAAGUGUCAAAUGGACCUUUUUUCUCGAUGUGUUUCUAAUUUAAAUACUCGCAAAAGAUUACAACAAUCAUUCUCAUCCUAAUAAACCUCUACCCUAAUACGCAACUUAUUAUAAAAUUCCCCCAAAAUAAAUCCACGUAAAAAUAAAGCAUUAUCCAAUUACAAAGUUGGUAUAUUUACCGAUAUUUACCCAUGGAUCUCAUCUCUUUCUAGAAAAGGAAACAUGGAGUUUCCUAAAUUUACCGUACUUGGCAUUAGCUGUCUCCUUGAAAAACUCCCUCUCUCUUCCAAAUCUCUUUAACGCGUUCACGCGUUUAUCCCUACUUCUUUCUAUAUAUACCAUACAUAUUCCCUCUUCUUCUUCCCAGCUUCACACACAAAAUCCAAUUUCACAAUAAAUAAAGAUUCAAUUUUUGUUCCAUUUCUUGCCUUUUCAUUUCUCCUCAUUUCAAGAAAGAAAGGAAAAAAAUGAGGGGAUUAGAAGAGGAAUUUAUUCCAUCAACACCAGGAAAGUUCAAGGACAAAACGUAUGUUAAUUACUCUGUUAACCGGCAAUUUCACAGAUGUUUCGCUUCAACAAGUACAAUGUUCUUAUGGGCAUUAUUCUUGAUUGCUUUAACAGCUUCUUAUUUGAGUUUCCAGUCAUUCAUGGAUUCCGGUACCCGGUACCUUUCUUCUACAUGGGGUAGUCUUCAUUGGGAGAAACAAGUUCGUGAUUCUGCACAAAUUCAUCGUGUCAAUGGCAUGUCCGUACUUGUUACCGGUGCAGCCGGUUUCGUUGGAUCACACGUUUCCAUCGCAUUGAAGAAACGUGGCGAUGGCGUCGUCGGCAUUGAUAAUUUCAACAAUUACUACGACCCUUCGUUGAAAAAAGCAAGAAAGAAUCUGUUGAAUUCUCAAAAUAUUUUCAUUGUUGAAGGUGAUAUCAAUGACAUGCGUAUGUUGGUUAAGCUAUUUGAUAUUGUUGCGUUUACGCAUGUUAUGCAUUUAGCUGCACAGGCUGGUGUGAGAUACGCUAUGGAAAAUCCACAAUCGUAUGUUCAUAGUAAUAUUGCUGGUCUUGUUACACUUCUUGAAGCUUGUAAAAAUGCAAACCCACAACCAGCUGUUGUCUGGGCUAGCUCCAGUUCAGUUUACGGGUUGAAUGAAAAAGUACCAUUUUCAGAAUCGGAUCGGACUGAUCAACCCGCUUCGUUAUACGCUGCAACAAAGAAAGCUGGUGAAGAAAUUACUCAUACGUAUAAUCAUAUAUACGGGUUGUCAAUUACCGGGUUGAGAUUCUUCACGGUUUACGGGCCGUGGGGUCGACCGGACAUGGCUUAUUUCUCAUUUACGAGGAAUAUUUUGCAAGGUAAACCAAUUACGGUUUAUCGGGGCAAGAAUCGGGUCGACUUGGCCCGUGAUUUUACCUACAUUGAUGAUGUAGUGAAAGGUUGUGUAGGGUCACUUGAUACAGCGGGUAAGAGUACCGGGUCGGGUGGAAAGAAAAAGGGCCCGGCUCCUUAUCGGAUCUUUAAUUUGGGUAAUACUUCGCCCGUGACCGUUCCAAUGAUGGUUGGUAUGUUGGAGAAGCAUUUGAAGGUAAAAGCAAAGAAGCACAUUGUGGAUAUGCCUGGAAACGGCGACGUUCCGUUUACGCAUGCGAAUAUCAGUUCGGCCCAAAAAGCAUUCGGGUAUAAGCCCACAACCGAUUUGCAAACCGGGUUGAGAAAAUUUGUUAGGUGGUAUCUCUCCUAUUAUGGUUACAGUCAACAAAAGUCUGUAAAAUAAAUGGUCGAAUUUCUUUUUCUUUUAUUUGGCUAUUUUAGAAAUUUUAGAUUUUUUUUUUUUUUUUAAAAAAGGAUCGCCAAAAGAAAGGUGAAAGAAAAAAGAAAAAAAAGAGAGGGGGAAGGAAAAGAAUAUUAUUCUUUUCUUGAGGGGAAGGAGGAGUGAAGAAGAUUGAACUCCUUAUUCUUCCUUGUUAGAGUAUCAUAUUGUUACUAUUACUUGCUUUCGUUGUAAAGGAUUAAAAAAAAGGUUGCUCAUUCUAUCAAUGGCAUUUGCACUUUUUUAAUUG